AACAACAUAUAAAAAGAAGUAUUAAGAAGUAGAAACAAGUCAAAAUUUACAAGAUAUUGACGAUUAGAGUGUUUGUAUAAUUUGGCACAGAGGAUGUAAACAACAUUUUCAAAAUGGCUGCCAGAUGUAUGCAAUGUGCUCGUGCGAAUAAUAAUUUGGCCACUAUUAUUCGACGACUAGUAUCCCCGCAUCACAACAUCUCAAGUAAAAGCUUUUGUAGUCCUGCGAAAGUUCCACCGGAUGUAUUGAUGUCAAAAGCCAACGACUUCAGUGGCAAAAAAUCUAUUAUUUUUGAAAAUAACGAAGUUCAAAAUAUUCUCAAAAGGCUGACUGGUUUAAAUUUGGAAAAAGUAUUUAAAACUAGGAAGGAGAAUUUAAAGAAUCCUGUUUAUAAAGUUCUUGACGAGCAAGAGCUCCAACAGGAUGAAGAGAGUGUUGUUAAAAAGGCUGAAAAUUUACUGAAGAUGCCUCCAGUUAUGGCAAGACGAAAACCAAUUAAAGUUGUUUUAUCAGAGGAUCCUGAAAUUAUAAAUCAUGAUGAGGAUGGCGCCAACAUUGUUUUCACUGACAUAAGCCCUUCGAAAGACUCAAGGACACGUGCAGUUUUAGUUCGAGAAAACGACACAGGGGUUUUACGUGAGGGCACAUGGGACGAACGAGACAGAAUGCAAUUCAUAUAUUGGCCAAAAGAAGGGCAACACCACGAAAUUGUACCAAUGCUUCAAGAUGAACAUCUUCCGCUUGUUUUUGACCAGUUGCGCCACGAAGAUAUACUGGAUUUUAUAAACAUUCAAUGUGAACCAGAUGCUCCUGAUUAUAUACGAGUACAUGAACGUGUCUACGACGACUUGGAACAACGUCAAAUGUAUCAUCUGCUUGACUCCACUAGACAUUAUGGUGGCAUGGUGUUUUAUUACGUCACAAGAAAGAAAACUAACACCUUGCUAGGAUACUACAUCAGACAAAAUCGAAUUUCUGACGGAGUAGAUCUCAUUAAGUUGCACUUGCUGGUGAAUGCUGACACCUCUUUUAAACCUGACAUUUUACAGGGUGAAGAAUUACUGAAGGCCUAUUUAACUCACGAAGGGUUGCACGAUUUGCUCACAAUUAUGGAGGCUGAUGCUGAUGAUGCCGUAUCCACGUAACUAUGACAAUAAUUAUAUGUCGUGGUCGUGAUAUUGUUUCUUGCCGUAUGAGGUAAACAAACCAACGGUUUAUUUUCGAUGGAUGAUGAAAAUAUUUGUGGCUGUUUAACAAUAUCAAGUCAGUCCAUCAUACAGAAACUGUUGUUAUGUUAGCCACAACAAAGUAAUUAUGUAUAAUUUACGAUUCGACUUUGUUUGUGUUUUUCGAAUAUUUUUGUCUUGUUUGUCG